GUUAUAAUCGAGCAAAAUACUCCUCUCAAUAUCCAAACGAUAGAAAACUUAUUAACUGCAUUCGACCUCCCCAUAUUGCUAGCAUUUGGUAUUUUCAUGGCUGCUGUACAAGAUCCUAAAAAAUUGGCAGAAAAACUUGACCUACCCAACAAAACAACCAGAAAGGAUAAACAGCCCUAUAGUGAAAGUGCUCAAGAAGAAAGCUCUUCACAAGCAAAAAGAUUAAGAACUGCAGCAACUAAUAUUAAUAAAGCUGAACUUACACCAAUAUUACAACUUAACACACCUACAAUUCUACCUAUAACUUUCUCACAGUGGAUACUAUCUUCUUCAUUAAAAAGACUUCUUCGCAA